AUUCAAUCAGGGUUCGCCUUUUUUGAAUCGUCGUAUGUAAUCUGAUCCUUGUCUCGUCAUGGAUACAAGUUGCAACGCCCCAGGUCACAUCGCCGCCCAGCUCCUUUCUCACACUUGAAUGGGUUUUGCCUCAGGCAUCCACCUCUGAGUUACAUCUUCAACCACGCAACGACCCGUGCGCGCACUCUUCCGAUGCCUUGAACAACUCGAAUAUUAUCAGUCGGCGCAAGCCUAAGUUUUGUGUUUUCGGCGUGGUUCUGCGCCAUCUCACAGGAUCGGCGGUGCUGUCGCAACAGCCCACAGCAACAGAACACUAGCGACCCGUCACCCGCAUAUGUUGAAGACCAUUAUCACUGUUCGCUACAAUCGGGAAAGAUGAUGGCACAACUGCGCAAGGUUUUGCCUAAGAAUGGCUACCACUACAGUCAGAUCACAGAACAUGACUCGCCCACGCACCCAGCCAGUGCCCGUCGAGGACCUGGGGGUCUUUGGAGCGAGCGACGACGGAGACCUGUGAUCGUUAUAUGUACCGCAAUCCUCGCGAUACUCUCUUUAGUGCUAUUCUUCAGGGGUCCUAGCAAUGGCAAUGGAUGCGAGAAGCAAGGCGCUUGCCGGAAGACCUCACCCAAGUUAUGGGGGCAAUACUCCCCCUUUUUCUCAGUGCCAUCAGACAUCAGUCCCGCGGUGCCUUCAGGUUGUGAGAUCACGCAUGUCUCCUUGCUUGCCCGCCAUGGCGCGAGGUAUCCCACGGAGCACAAGUCGAUCCUGUACAGUGAUCUCAUCAAACGUAUUCAGGAGGACGUGUCUCGAUAUGGCGCUGGCCUAGAAUUUCUGCAAGACUACGAAUACAAUCUCGGGGCAGACCAGCUCACCUUCUAUGGCGAGCAGCAACUCGUCAACAUGGGGCAUGACUUUUACCAGCGUUACCAAGCAUUGAGCGACAAAGAGGAUCCAUUCAUUCGAGCUGCUGGCUCGGAGAGGGUCAUUGCAUCGGCAGAGAAAUUUAUAGAAGGGCUCUACAAAGACACAGGGCGAGACGAGGACGCAGCAAGGGAGGGUAUUCUCGUUGUCCCGGAGGAGGACGGCUACAACAACACGUUGAACCACGGGAACUGUCCAACUUUUGAAGACGGGCCUUCUUCGGAGCUCAGCCACGAGAAGCAAGAAGUUUGGAAGCAGAUUUUCGUGCCCCCUAUCCGAGACAGACUGAACGCGAAGAUGCCAGGGGCAAACCUGUCGCUCGACGAAACGAUCUUCAUGAUGGACAUGUGCCCAUUCAGUACUGUGGCGGACUAUCACGAUGAAAAGUCUCGAUUCUGCUGGCUCUUCUCAGAGGAAGAGUGGCGGAGCUACGACUACUUCGAGACGCUGGACAAGUGGUACGGCUACGGCACGGGAAACCCUCUUGGGGCGACGCAGGGGGUUGGUUAUGUCAACGAGCUCAUCGCCCGGCUGACUGGCAAGUCUGUGGACGAUGAAACCUCGACCAAUUCGACGCUCGACGGGUCCGCGGAGACGUUCCCCCUCGACAGGAAGCUGUACGCCGACUUCAGCCACGACAACACCAUGUCAUCCAUCUAUGCGACCCUGGGCCUGUAUAACGACACCGGCGUCAUGCCCGUCAACCAUCGCCUCCCACCAGUGGAGACGCGUGGCUUUUCUGCUGCGUGGACCGUCCCCUUUGCUGCGCGCAUGAGCGUUGAAAAGAUGCGUUGCGACGCGGCGCCCGACGAGGAGGAAGAGCUGGUGUGGGUGCUGGUCAACGACCGUGUGGUCCCCCUCACCCACUGCGCAGCAGACAAGCUGGGGCGGUGCAGCUUGGGAGACUUCGUCGAGGGCCUAUCGUUUGCGAGAAGUGGUGGGCAGUGGGAUCAAUGUUUCAGAGAUACCUGAAGAACUUGGCUAGGAACUUGAGUGAGAGGGGGAGGUGGCGGAUGCCGGGAAUAGAAUCAUGACGACAGAAGGCGCGUGAAACGCCGGGCCUGAUGACUGAAUGUGAAUGGCUCCGUUGGGGCUGAAUGAAGCCAGAGUGCCUUGGAGCAAGGCGAAGACCAGUGAUGGGAACGGAGGUUGAGACCUGCAUCUUAUAUACAGACAGUGUGAUGGUACGGUGGCAGUCAUUUCUGUGCACUGUGGAGGCUGACCUAGGGUAGCUCAAAUUCCCUCUAUUAUUAGAAUGCCCAGCACAGGGCUCUGAUCUGGACAGAUUAAUUUGCUCACCC